CCUGGUCCAUCUCUCUCUCUCUUUCUCUCUCUUUCUCUCUCUCUCUCUCUCUCCUGGAAACUCAAGCUAACAACGUAACUCUCUCUUCCCUUUCUCUUUCCAUCAGCAUUUGGCAUUUGAUCGAACAAGAAACCUGUUCGGAGUACGGAGUAGCUUAUGGAAGCUAAUUACAGAACAACAGCAUUGGAUCGGUAAGGAGAUUGGCGAAAGAGGGGAUGAAACUUGUAAAUUUGGCUGUCUACAUAAAAUAACCGCACAAUUGGAAGCGAUUGUAGCGGAACUGGACAAAAUUGAAGCUUGGCUCCAAGCAAUUUGGAUAAUUGCUUUAAUGUUCGUUGCAUGCGUUGAAAGAAUUGAACAUGAAUUCUCAAGUUAACAGCAGUGGGGAUUUCUAUGCGGGAAAUUUAUUGCUUAGAAACGGAAAUCUUUAUUCAAGUUCGAGACCACCAAGUAAUAACAGCUACGCUCAACAUGUACGCACAUAUGGACUCCCAAUGUUUCAACCCAACUACAACUUGAAUCCAGUAUCGAUGACACAAACAAACCAAAUGUCGAUUUUUACCAACUCAGUCCAUACAACACCACCAGUCUCAUCGCAUCUGGAAAGUUUUGCAUAUAAUCAGGUCUCCACAUCAUCUUUUCUAGUAAGAGAUGAGAGUUCAAGUUUCAGAAAGGAUGGCGAGGACGACUUCAUCAGAAUGUUUCAAUAUGAAUCACCUCGUCAACGCUGUGACGAACUUCUACAAAGCAUUGUGGAAUCAUCAUGUGUUGGCAAUUCUACUCCAUUCAAGGGAACGAAAGACUUUGAGAAGCAGAGAGAUCUAGAAAUUGAUCUCAACAGGACACCAGAGCAGAGACCACCAAAAAGAAGACAGCAUACUCCCAUGAUAUUCUCAGGAGAAAGGUUUACUGAUUUACUUAAUCUUCCUUUGGAUGAAAGUUUAAGCCUUUGCGAGGAAACACAGGAGAAUUUUGUCACAGUUCCCUUAGAUGAAGCAACUCAGAAACGACAUGAUGAACUCUUGAAAGAUCUCACAGAUACAUUAUCUGCAGCCAUUUCUGAACCACCAACGAAGGAAGUGGAGAAGGGCAGCGAUCAAAUAAUUGAUCUUAACAAGACACCAGAGCAGAAGACACCUAAGCGAAGAAAACAUAGGCCCAAGGUUAUAAAGGAAGGAAAACCCAAAAAGUCUCCUAAGCCUGUGACUCCGAAGAUUUCCAAGGACACCCCAUCAGGAAAGAGAAAGUAUGUACGGAGGAAGAACAUCAAAGAAGCUGCUACUCCACCUGCGAAUAUUGUGGAGAUUAAAGAUUCGAACACUGCAACAAAAACAAAAUCCUGCCGGAGAGUAAUACAUUUUGAGAUGGAAAAAACUGGAGAUGAGGAGCAGGAAAAGAAGCAAAAUGAGAAGGAUAUGCCAGAAGAAAACAUGGAGAACUUUUGCUUCAUGACGAGACCGAACAUUCCAGACUUCUGCACUCAAAGUAAUGGUGUCUAUGGAACAAGUCAAGAUGUUCAUGACGGUCCUCGGCUAAGACCAAUGGUGGCAGAAAAUGUUCGACCAACAAUACAAAGUAACCCUACUCAUAUGAAUCACAUGACGACCUCUCCCAUAUUGCAAUCUGAAAGGGAGGCAGCUGAAGCCCCAUUAAACAAACCAGGGUACAACAAAGCAGAAAAUUGGCUCAAUGUUCUUAGAAUUUUACAUCAGGGAAACGCAAAUCAAUAUCAAACUGGAUUCAGCAAUGGAUACACACCUGUUCAGCAAAACAUCCAUGCAGAAGAUAUGGAGCAAUAUGCGAAUCAAGCUAAAAGGAAUACUUAUUAUAAGGAGCUGACCGGGAUCAACUCUGGAUAUUGCCAACCAGUCCCAACUCAUCUGUCCAAUAUCAAUGUAGCAAGGGGCUCAAAGAGAGGGCGCCCCCCACUCACCACGCAUCCAACACAGUCGUGCUCGAUUACUACACUGGACUCUUCAGUGUCAUCUCAAGAGGUGCUUCAAACGGGUGAGUUCCAGAGACAAGGCAGCAAUAUAAACGUAGGAUCCUUAGAAAUUCCUGGGAAGAAAUUUGAGUCUGGGCUUUAUGCAACCCUCCAUAAAAGAUAUCGUACUAUCCAAUCAAAUGAGGGUUGCUCAAGCCAUCUGAAUACAAUAGGUUGCAAUCCUACCAAUCCUGUUGGUUUUACUGCAGAAAUGAAGCAGGCCAUGCUCAAUGGUCAUCAUAUUAGAAGUAACCAAAUCACAGCGAAAGAAAUUAUUGGUGACAGACAUAUUCACUCAGUGGUUCAUGAAAACAAUUUUCAAAGGCGACAAGUCUCACACAAUCUGCAUCCAGCAAUAGAUAGAACAUGUGUUACGUCCGGGUUGAAUAAGGUUACCAGCUAUCGCUCAUUUCCACAUCCGAAAGCUUCAGAACAAGGGUAUGCAUACAGACAAUCUGAUAAUAGUAUUCUGACAGUAAAGCAAGCUUGCCAACCCAUGAUAUCAGGAUCGCUAGCAACAAAUGAAGUACACAAACAAGGCUACUCAUUUGGCUUUCAGAAAUUCCCUGCUAAGACGACAGGUCUGCUAGAAAAUGAGAUUCUACGCAAAAUGAAGAGUCUCAGUCUUAAUGACGAUGAAGGAAGCAUCAGGACGGAGCAAAAUGCUAUUGUUCCAUAUAAAGGAAAUGGUGCAGUAGUUCCAUAUGCAGAGUCUGAAUAUUCAAGGAAACGAAAGGCACGACCUAGAGUCGACCUUGACCCAGAGACGGAGAGGAUAUGGAAUUUAUUAAUGGGUAAGGAAGGAAGUGAGGGCAUUGAAAGUCAUGAGAAAGGCAAGGAGAAAUGGUGGGAAGAGGAACGGAAAGUUUUCCGUGGUCGGGCUGAUUCAUUCAUUGCAAGGAUGCAUCUCGUGCAAGGAGAUAGAAGAUUCUCACGAUGGAAAGGAUCAGUUGUUGACUCAGUUAUAGGGGUUUUUCUUACUCAGAAUGUUUCAGAUCAUCUUUCAAGCUCUGCCUUCAUGUCUCUAGCAGCACGAUUUCCCGUAAAAUCCACUAGAAACUUCAGAACUCAGGGUGAAGUUGAAACGAGCAUAGUGGCCAACGAGUCAGCAGCUUGUGUAUUGUAUCCUGCAGAUUCUAUAAGAUGGCAUGCUCAGGAACUAUCCACGCCAAGGUUUGAGAUGCCACAGACUUCAAUAAACCAUCAAAAUGAUGGAGUAAAUUCAGGGACGGAAAAAAAUUUCACAGAGCUAGGUGGUCAAAUUGUGGAGGAAGAAGUCAUAUCCUCACAAGAUUCCUUCGACUCCACAAUUACACAGGGUACUGCAGGGGGCAGAUCAUGCUCUGGAUCCAACUCAGAGGCAGAAGAACCCAUCGUAAGUUACAAUUCUAGCAGCACCCAUUAUUCAAAUUUCACAGAUAUCAAACAAAUGGAGACGACCACCACGAUUAAAAAAUCCUUCAGUGACUUGAAUGGAAGUUCAGUUAUUUAUGAAGUCUCGAAACAUAAACAAGAUUCACUAACAUCAGAAUGGAAUGAGAUUGACGAUCUUAGCGGCCAUUCCUUAAUUAAUUUCCUUGUAAAUAUUGAAAACCAACAAAAGCAAGUGCCAGAUGCUCCUUCAAACAAUCAGUUGCGCAUGACCCCCAACUGUGGGGUAGUGGAGGUUGAAGGCCAUGAAGCAUUCAGUGAAGAGAGCAUAUCUUCAGGGCCGUCAACAGUAUCUGGAUGUUCUACAGAAAAGAAUAUGGCUCGUCAUAGCUUAAACAUUGGGGAUCUUGACCGAAGAUCGGAUAAAACCAGUGCUGAAAAGAAUGAAGCAAGAUCACAAGAAACAACCAGGAUGGAGCAUAGCGAGUCUGUCAGUGAGCACUCAGUGGACCUGCAGGGUAAUGGUAUCCAAUUGAGAUCUCACUGUGAAUAUAAUCUUGAUGAAAAUUAUGUACCAUGUGAGAGGAACAAUAGUUCCCCAUUAGAAAGUGCGUCAGUUUCCAAUCCUCCCGCAGAACUAGAUACACCAGCCAAUAAAAGUGCCCUCUCAAAUGUCGUUCAUGUGCAUGCCCACACAGAAAAGUUGCUGCCUGGGAAGGGCAAUAUAAUAAACUUUUCAAAUAAUGAGGCCCAUUCUCUAUCUCAGGCAGAUAAUGAGGGAAAUAUUAGCCCUUCAAAGGCAAAAAGAAGAAAGGUCACUAGUGAGAAAAAGAGUGCAAUUGAUUGGGAUAGUUUGAGAAAGGAAGUGGAAGCCAAUGGACAAAUAAAAGAAAAAGGCAAGGAUGCCAUGGAUUCAAUAGACUAUGAAGCAAUGAGACUAGCCGACGUUCACGAAAUUUCUAAUGCUAUCAAGGAACGAGGAAUGAACAACAUGCUAGCUGAACGAAUUAAGGAGUUUUUGGAUCGUCUGGUAACAGAUCAUGGGAGCAUUGAUCUUGAAUGGUUAAGAGAUGUUCCCCCGGACAAAGCAAAGGAUUAUCUACUGAGCGUACGAGGAUUGGGUUUGAAAAGUGUGGAGUGUGUUCGUCUAUUAACACUUCAUCAUCUUGCUUUCCCUGUUGACACAAAUGUUGGAAGAAUAGCUGUCCGGCUAGGAUGGGUCCCUCUCCAACCGUUACCCGAGUCACUUCAAUUACACCUUCUAGAACUGUAUCCAGUGCUGGAGUCCAUUCAAAAAUAUUUAUGGCCAAGAUUAUGCAAACUCAAUCAACGAACACUGUAUGAACUACACUACCAGUUGAUCACAUUUGGAAAGGUAUUCUGCACAAAGAGCAAGCCAAAUUGUAAUGCAUGUCCUAUGAGAGGAGAGUGCAAACACUUCGCAAGUGCUUUUGCAAGUGCCCGACUUGCUCUGCCAGCACCAGAUGAAAAGGGCAUUGUGACUUCAACCAAUCCCAUCGCCACAGAGAAGCAGCCACCUAUAGUCACGAGUCACUUGCCAAUUCUUCCUCCUGAAGGAUGCACGUACACAGAAAAUACUUUGAGCACAAGCAAGUGUGAGCCAAUAGUUGAAGUACCAGCGACACCAGAACCCGAGCCCAAUGAGAUAACUGAAAGUGAUAUUGAAGAUGCGUUUUAUGAGGAUCCUGAUGAAAUUCCUACCAUCAAACUCAGCCUGGAAGAGUUCAAAACAACUUUGCAAAACUACAUCCCAGAAGGUGACAUGUCCAAAGCUUUAGUUGCCUUGAACCCGGAAGCUGCCUAUAUCCCGAUGCCAAAAUUGAAGAAUGUGAGCAGGUUACGGACAGAGCAUCAAGUGUAUGAACUUCCAGAUUCACAUCCUCUCUUAAGAGAGAUGGAUAGACGAGAACCUGAUGACCCAAGCCCAUAUCUUCUUGCGAUAUGGACUCCAGGUGAAACAGCAGACUCAAUUCAACCGCCCGAACAAAGUUGUGGAUCUCAAGACCCGAACAGGCUCUGCAAUGAGGAAACAUGUUUCACGUGCAAUAGCAGAAGAGAAGCGAAUUCACAAACAGUCAGAGGAACGUUACUGGUACCUUGUAGAACUGCAAUGCGAGGGAGUUUUCCACUCAAUGGAACAUAUUUUCAAGUAAACGAGAUGUUUGCAGAUCAUGAAUCUAGUAUAAAUCCUAUUGAUGUUCCAAGAAAUUGGCUAUGGAACUUACCUAGACGAACAGUCUACUUCGGAACAUCAGUAUCAACAAUAUUCAAAGGCCUUGUAACGGAGGAGAUUCAACAAUGCUUUUGGAGAGGGUUUGUUUGUGUAAGAGGAUUUGAUCAGAAAACCCGAGCACCCCGACCUCUGAUUGCUAGACUGCACUUCCCAGCAAGCAAGCUAGCCAAGAUGAAAAAUGGAAAUACAGAAUAGCCAACUUUUUAUGCAAAAGGCAGAAGGUAAGGGCAAGAGCAACAGAAAGGAUAACUGACUGCUAAAGAAGAUUUUCAACUAACCUAUUGUUCUAGAUUUUUAAUUAUUCUUGGUCUACCGUGAAAUGCAAUCACUUCAUGUUAGCCAAGCGGCAGAGGAAAAAAUCACCAAAUUGAAAUUUUAGAAUCCAUAAGUGAGAUGUAGUCUCUACCCUAUUGAUAUUCUUAUGAUUAUUCUCAAUUCAUGCUCGAAACAGAGCACAUUCUUCAA